AUGGGGCAAAGAACAGUGGAAACCAGUGGAGGGAAUUUUUUAUAACUUCCAUCGGAGACUGGCGGCCGAAAACCUAAUUUCUGGCAGAGCACCACCGCUUCCGCUGAUAACCGCUGCGAGUCGGAGUCUUCCUUUACUCAUCAACACCUAACAUUGAUCCAGUGUUAUCAUGGUUGAAGUUUGGGACGAGAGGAAGUUCGACGUGAAGUUAAAUUUGUUGGCACUUCGAAUACCUCGUGAGCAUUGCAAACACGCUACACGAAUCUUUAAUGGAUAUUUGCUGGACAGGCCGCGGAUCAAACCGAUAACAGAGGAUCCAACUUCUGUUAAGAAUCGUUACUUGAUAUUAUCCGAGAAAAUCCAAAAUCCAGAUUUAUCUGAAAUUCCCCGACAUAAAGUGGAUGAAUUGAAAGAACUCUUUGAGAUGGAAGUAGUUCCAUAUUCAUUGACACUGGACUAUUCAUAUUGGAGUGCAGAACAUGUAUUGAAGCAAAUUCUACCUCCUGGCAUUGAAGUACCUUCAUCAUUUGAAACUAUAGGUCAUAUUGCCCACUUGAAUAUUGCAGAUGAACUUCUCGCUUAUAAGGAUGUUAUAGCAAAAGUUAUCUAUGAUAAAAAUUAUCCGCGAAUCAAGACAGUUGUCAACAAAGUUGGGGCAAUAACCAAUGAGUUCCGCGUGCCAAAAUUUGAAAUAUUAGCAGGAGAGAGUAACAUGGUUACGGAGGUGAGACAAUAUGGAGCAAUUUUCAGACUUGAUUACAGCUUGGUGUAUUGGAAUUCUAGAUUGGAACACGAACAUCUAAGGCUAGUUUCGAAGUUUGAGGUUGGGGAUACUGUUUGUGAUAUGUUUGCGGGCAUUGGUCCAUUUGCUAUUCCAGCAGCGCAAAAAGGGUGCCAAGUUUAUGGGAAUGAUUUAAAUCCUGAUAGCGUACAUUAUUUGAAGAUUAAUGCCGAAAGAAACAAAGUCUCUAACCUAGUCCGUGCAUACAAUUUGGAUGCACGACAAUUUAUUUUGUCACUGAUGGUGCGGCCUUCAAGUGAAGCUUGUCUGGAUUCUGAUACUGAAAUCUGGAAGUCGUCUUCCGAAAAAGAGAAGACACAUUCUAACACAGAAGAAAGGUCAGAAAAAAUUUAUUGUGAAGGAGCUGUGCAAGAAAUUCCUAAGGUGAACGUGUCGGAUUAUGAAACUAGUGGACAACAAAAGGAAAAGGAUGAAACGCUAACAGCCGUAAAAAGGCACUCUGAAACUAUAUUUGAAGAAGAAACUUCUAACAAUGGCAGCCAUUGUGUGCCUGAGAAGAAGAAAAGAAUCCUAAAUAAGGGUGUAAGAGGGUCUCAGCCAUUCACAGCAAAGCCAUGGGAGCAUGUCGAUCAUAUCAUAAUGAAUUUACCAGCCUCUGCUUUACAGUUUCUUGAUAUCUUCAAUGGUCUCGUCAACAAAGAUCACUGGAAAGGCUCUCUCCCCUGGAUCCACUGCUAUUGCUUCAUUCGAUCAAAUGAGACAGAGAAUUUGAUAGUAUGGGAGGCGGAGGCUAUAUUGGGUGCCCGUAUACACAAUCCCAUAUUUCACAGAGUCAGAGAUGUUGCUCCCAACAAGGCAAUGUUCUGUUUAAGCUUCAGAUUGCCGGAGGAAGCGUGCGUUUCUGGUGAGACAAAAAGAUGAAGCUAGGUUAAGUUAUGGCGACUAUUGAACUAGUUUCUUUAACUGCAUAUUUGAUAGGAUAGUUGCUCUCCAGUCGAUUACAAAGCAUAUGCUAGAGUAGUCUUCGAAAUUAAUUAUUCCUAACUAUGGCUAGUAGCUGUUAUUGUAUGAAAUUUGAUAAUUUAUCACCAUUUUAUAUGAUAUGGAGUAUGUGUUACUAUUAA